CAAGCUGCUACGUGUCCUAUACCGCAACAACAAAUCUAUUUGCUGUUGUCAUCACUUAUGGCCUUGCUGUCCUCCUUAAAGCAUUCAUUUAGCCCAGCUUAAUGCAGCUGCAGACCUGAGGCAGAUGUGAACCACCAUGUCAGGCAGACGAAAUAUCUUCAACAAGAAUCCUGCAGGAAACACAAGGACCGUGUUUGUUCCAAGGAAUGCCAGCCAAGGAUCUUCCAGUGGAGGGCCGGUCCCUCAGCGUUACGACGCGUCGCUGGGCUGUUUUGUGGACGCCGCGCCCGCCCCGGCCGCCGAGACGGAGCGGCCGGCGGCGCGGGCGGGUCUCACUGGUCAGCAGCAGCGCGGUGUGCGGUAUAUGGUCAAAGGACGCGCGCCUCAUGUCUCACAGGUGGCUCGGCGGGAGGCGGCGCCGACCCGCGUCCUGGGCCGGAGCGGCGGGGGUCUGCCGGCCCUGCCGCCUCGGCAGCCGCCCCCGCCCCCGCCGCCGCCGCCCCAGCAGGCGGUGGAGACCGGUCAGCUCGUCCUGAGGAAGGAGGGAGGGAGACUAGUGCUCACUGUCGGAGGAGACGGAGAUGCGGAGGAGGAGGAGCUCGUGCUGCAGGUCCCGGAGGGUGCCGAGGGCGAGCAGCUGGUGCUGCAGGACGGCGCCGGUGGAGAGGUGGUGCUCCAGGUGCCCUCUGGUGACGCCACCAGCCACCGCGUGGUGCUGCCCGGCGGCUCUGGUGACGGCCUGGUGCUCCGGGUGGACGGUGGUGACGGAGAACAGCCACUGGUGAUACAGGGAGGCGAGCAGCACCAACAGUUGGUGAUACAAGAUGGUAGUGAGGGUCAGCAGCUGGUGAUACAAGAUAGAACCGAGCAGCAGCACCAACAAUUGGUGAUUCAGGAUGGAGGACAGCACCAACAGGAGAUGGUGCUGGACGCGGCCGGCGGCGGUGGUGAAAUGGUGCUGCAGAUACCGGAGGGCAGCGCGGGCCAGGAGCUGAUCCUGGAGCAGGAGGACGGCCAGCAGGUGGUGCUCCAGGUGCCCCAGGGCGCCGCCGGUCCGGACGGCGUCAUCCGACUGAUCCAGGUGACAGGAGAGGACGGCAGCGUCCAGUAUAUCGCCAGCCCGUCAGACGACUCUGGUUACACCGUGCCCGACUCGGCGGCUACCGUACAGCAGUUCUCCGUCAAUACAGAGACAGCAGCGGCGCCAUUCGACGCUCCCCAGCCGGCCGCCACCGCCACUGUGUCAGAAAAGACGCCACAAGACGGCGAGGGGGCCGUGAAAGCGACGGAGACGACGGAACUCGCGACAGAGAUGACGCUGGAGGUUUCACAAAAGGAAGGCGGUAGCAUGGGAGAGGCGACAUCAGGGACUGAUGGAGGUGUGGCGGUAGAUGGAACGUCAGUAGCGCCAUCAGUGAUGGAGACGUCAGUCGCUGAAACAUCAGUGAGUGAUGGUCUGACGCAGACUGUCACCAAGAGCGAGGGAAUGGUUAAAAGUGAGAAGGACGAUAAUGCGUCAAAGGCGAAAGAUGUCUCAGAUCAGGUGUCAGAGAAUGCUAAUUCACAACCUUUGCGAGAGGCGGAGAGUGUGUCUUUGAACCCAACCAGCGAACCAUCAGAUCAGAAAGUAGCCUCCAAACCUAGCUCGGAUAUGCUGUGUGAAGACAUUAGUACAAACACGACAAACCCACAACCCGGCGGAGAGAAGGUAACAGAAAUGGAGACGAAAACCCCCUCGGUAACAGUGGAGGGGGAGGGGCGAGUACCGGGCUCGAACUCUCAGAAAUCGGUGGAGGAGGCCUUGGAGCAGCUGAUGGGUAGUGAGGACAAGAAGACUGAGAGCUCUGAAGGAGCGGAGAAGGAGGGUACCCCGGCGCCCACCUCCCACCCCGCCCCUCCGUCCCCCGCCGCGGCGCCCCUGGAGCCGUCAGCAGCCGACGAGGCUCCGCGCGGCACCGACCCGGCCACUGACGCCGCGCGCGGCGAUCUCGGCGCCCUCGGCGGCGACGGCGGCGAUUCUGACGCAGCUGUCACUGUCGGCGUGGGCGUGUUCAGCGCGGUGUGUGCCGUGUGCGGCGAACAGCCGCGCGAUGCGGUACUCACGCCGCUCUCCUCGGCGGUGCUGCGUGACUCGAGGGCGACUCCUCUGACGGAGGCACUGACAGAGUGUCUGGGCAGGAGCUGGGAGACGCGGCCCCGGCAGAUGGUGUGUGUGCCCUGUACGGUGCUGGUCGGACAGGGCUACACACACGGGCCGCUACAGACGUCAGCCAGAGAUCACCUGUGUAAUAUCUGGGCGAUCCGGAGCGGAGAGCCCCUCCCGGAGGACGUGCCUGGUGCCGCCCCUGCCGACGUGACCCCGACCCCGACCUCGCCCCGGUCACCGGUCAAACCGAGACCCGGCAACAAGGGCCGCCGCGGUCGGGGCAGGCACCGCCGAGGCCGGCCGCGGCGCACUGAGCCCGCCGCGGCGGACGGCCCUGAGAGAGACGGCGACGGCGGAGGGCCGGUGGAGAAGACACCGAGACAGUCUGACGGCUCGGAGAACAGGGUGGAAGACGGGGAGGCAGAGGGAGUGGAGGGCGAGGGAGAGAAGGCGAAAGGAGGAAAGAAGAUAGAGGAUGGUGGAGAGAAGAAGGGAGAGGAGGAGAGGAAGGAGAGAGACAAUGAGAAGAAGGAUGAUGGUGAAGAAGAGGGAGAGAAGUUGGAUAAAGAAUCAAACAACAAGAAGAAAGGGAAGGGUGAAAAGGUUGAUAACAAGGAUGGAGAUAAGAACACUGCUGGUGAGGAAGAGGAACAAGAGGAGGAGGAGGAGGAGAGGCCGGUGAUUAAGAAGGAGCCGGAGGACGACCGGCCCGUGCGGACCAUGUCCAGUGGACGACGGUCGAGGGCGCCGCGCGCCUGGUCACCCGACGUCGACCUCACGCCGCGCGUCAAGACAGCUCCGGACGGCAUUGGCCGUGGAAAGAAACGAACCAAAGACCUGCCUGACAUCGCGGCGAAGCGACUGAAACCCAAAGCCACUAUGAUUCACGUCAGUAAGGAAGGCAAGAAGGAUGCAACAUCGCCAGCAGCCACGAAGAAGGGCACAUCGUCCACGUCAACCAUCGAUAAGAAAGAGGGACAGAAGGGCUCGAAACAGCAGACUGGCAAGCAGAAGGUUACAGGGAAUGGGAAACAGACUGGAGCAGGGAAACAAACUAAAGCAGGAACAGGCACAAAAGGAAAGAAAGAUGCAGAUCCGAAGGAAGGUAAAGUAACGAAAGACUCAGCAAAGGAGGUUGAGAAAGCUAAGAGUAAUUCAAAGGAGAGCACAGCUGCAACUGAGAAGCUGCCAACGCAAGGAAAGGAUUCUGAGGCCAGUGUUGCACAGGUGAAAAGUACGAAGGAUGACGCUUCAGCGGCGAAGGGCGACGCAGCAGCGACAAGCGGUGGCGCGGUAGUGGCUGAAGAAGGCGAGAAGGGCGACUCGAAGUCGUCUCCUCAUUCUAGUCAGACAGCUGAAGCGCUUGAUGAAGAAGACGACACGUUAGCAGCCAUGAGGAAGUACAUCGAACAGUGCGAAGAUACUCCGGAUCCGCUUGAAGGCAAAGGCCCAUCAGAAGACGAGCCAGCGAUGAGGAAAGACGGAGACGGCGAAGACGCGGCAAGCGCGAAACAGACGAAAGACGUGCAGACGGCAGACGAACGACUCACCAAAGUACCAGACGAAACAGACGAAUCAGCUAAUACUGAGACAGGCGACGGGAAGAAAAACUCUGCCGAAACAGACGAUAAACCAGCCGACAAAUCCGAACAUUGCGAUGCUGAUGCUAAGAGCAAGGCAAUUUCAAAGGUAAACAAGAUGGCGACAAAGAAAACAGCCGCUGGGAAGGGCCGAUCUCGGGCCACGGAGGCGGAGCAGUCUGAGCCGGCGACGGCAGAGGAUGAGGGGAAGGUGGGGAGAGCGAGGAGAAAGCGGCCGGCAGAGGAAGAGAAAGGGAAGAGUGAGGAGGAAGGGAAGAGUGAGGAGCCGGGAGCGAAGCAGAAGCGGCCCACGGCGGGCGCGGGAACUGGAAGGGGACGCACGGUGCCCGCUCGAGGAAAACAGAACACUGGCGAGUCGGCAAGGGGUGGCCGACAGAUGCGGAGCUCACGAUGAGACCGUAGGGAACACGGUGUUCUCCAUAGUACGGACGGAGCACCGGCGCCCCUGGGAGAGCCCGCUGAGCUCCAUAGCUCAGAAGGAGGGUGGAGUUAUAUCAAGAGGAGUCGCAACGUUUUGGUACAAAGACUGAAUCGGCGUGGUAGCGUGUGUUUUGGAGUGCUUUAGAUCCAGUUUGUCAUGAAAGUGAAUAUGUCUUGUCUGUGUCUGAGGUGGUUGUUAUGUGCAUGAAACGAAGGUGGAUGCUUGUUUCACAGUUUUAUACGCAGCUAAUAGCUAUGUCGUAAGCUAUAGUCUAGAGGAAGAACAUUUGUCAAAUGGUUUUUAGUCCAGCGUGGAUGUUACCCUGGUCGUGACGACUUCAUAACUGAGUUGCCUGGCUGUGUGAUGGCAUUGAAGUCUCGAAUAAUCAUCAUCAUCUGCUAAUCCUCAAUAUCACUGCCCAUUUCUGAA